GCCACACCGGCGCUUGGUCGGAAAUUUUGUUACGUGUGGAAAUCAGUGGGAAACUUUGUGUGAAAACUGUGUUAAAAUUCGAAAAAGGAAUCGUUGGCACCAGCUAAAAGAACACGAUGAAGUUCCGCGCCCUGAUGCAGGAUCCGAUGUACAUGCGCGAAUUUCAGGCCAUUGUUGCCACUCUGGCCAAACUGGCCAAGGAGUGCAUCAUGAUCCUUGGCGAGCGGCAGAUGCACUUCAUCGUUAACGAGGACCAGAGCUCCACCUCAUCGCCCCUCGUUUGGGCCAGCAUUGCUGCCGAGGAGUACUUCCCGGAGUACCGAUUGGAGACCGCUCGCCCGGAUCAGGACUACAUAGUGCUGAGCAUGUCGUCGGCCAAUCUUAGCCGAGCACUCUCUGUGCUCCGAGGCGGUGGAAUUAGCAGCUGUAAGCUGAAACUUCAAAGGAUUCAGUUCCCCUGCAUCUCGGUGAUCGCCACCGUUUCGUCAUCUGCUGUUACUGAGGAUCGGGAAGUGGUCCAUGAUGUUCCAGUGUCCAUAAUCCCGGCUAGCGACUGGUCAGCCUAUGUAGUUCCUCGAGUUCCCAACUCCCAGUUGGCCCUCUGCCUGCCAUCGGUGCGAUUGCUUCGCAGCUUGAUCGAUAAACUGAAGAAUAUAUCGCCCAGUUUGGAGUUCCAGGCCAGCUAUGAUGGCGAGCUAAGCGUGAUAGCCACCUCGGAAAUGUCCACGGUGACCAGUCGCUUUCAGAGAUUAGUGCCCCGGUCACUGACAGGAUCUGAGGAGGGGGCUUCCUGUUCUGUGGAUUCCCGGAAAGCGUCUGCCUUCUUUGGGGCCCUUCAGCUGCCCAAUGAAGAGAUGACCAUUGCCAUAGAACGAGAGCAGUCGAUUCACCUGCAGAUCUACGUGCGCCAGGACGUAGUCCUUCAUUCCAUUCUUCCAGCUGUUUGCAUGUAGUUUAGAUCCUAAGUAGGUUAGAAAGAGAUGGAAUAAAUGUACUUUGAAGAAAUAGUAUUCUGUUAUCAUGUUCAAUCUUGUCCUUGUUGUUCACAUGAGGUGUUUCAAGAAACGAAAGCUGUUAUGGUUCUCUCUUUUCCUUGCACUCUCUCAGAUUGUCCCAAAUUCGACAGCCGUGGCCUCAUUUCCGCACCCCAGUCCUCCCUCCAUCUCCCUCUCUCUUGCACUUCCACUGCACUUGCGUGUGGCUUGUUUGUGCUUGCUUGUUUGUGAGCAUGUUGGUGCAUGCAUAUUCAUUAUUUUUGUUUUUGCUCGUUACUGGUUUUAUGUACCUUGUUUUCAAAAACAUCAACAUCUUAGAUAUAUGACACAAAAAUGUAAAAAAAUGGGCAUAGUUUUUAGAGAAAUAUAUGCAAGUAAUGGAGUUGAACUUUAUAUGUUCCUAAUCAGAUGCUUUCUUAUCUUAAAGAUACUAUAUACAGUAGGGAGCAAAAUUGAGUACAUGUUGAAAAUUUGAUGUUUAAGUGCUCAUAACACAUAAACGCGAAAGUAAAUGGUAACACCUUUUUUUUCUAAGAUUAUAUGUAUAUCUUAUUCAUAACAAAAUGGCAUAUUUAUUUUAACCAUUAAAAAAGCCGUUUACUAGAUAUAAAUUAAAAUCAGUAGCAACAUGCAAUAUACUCAGACUAAGAUGAUAUGACACAAAAAGGAAACAAGAUAUUUUUAAUACUUGGUCCAAAGACCCUGGUUUUUAAUGACAUUGUUUAGUCUCCUUGGCAUGCUCUCUAUCAGAUUUUGGAUAAUUUCUUUUGGAAUUUUUUUCCAUUCGUUUUCUAUACGCCUCCAAAGCUCGUCCAGAUUGCUAGGGGCUGCCUCAUAUCGUCCUAGCCGUCGCUUCACAAUUGCCCACAAGUUUUCUAUUGGAUUGAGGUCGGGACUUUGAGCAGGCCAAUCCAUAAGUGUAAAAACUUGAUUUUUCAGCCAACCUUUAACGAUUUUGGCAGUAUGUUUCGGGUCAUUGUCGUGUUGAAAAAUUAAUUUCUGUUCGGGAUAGGCGCAUUUUUCUAUGAAAUCGGGUAGAUUGUUUUUCAGGAUUUCUAGGUAGUCUUCUUUAUGCAUUAUGCCAUCGAUCUUGAUAAGUUUUCCUGUGUUCCACCAUGUAAAACACCCCCAAACCAUAACAUUUCCCCCACCAUGCUUCACACUUUCCCUGAUAUGGGUUCUAUUUAGCUUUUCCCCAGGUCUGCGCCAGCAAUACUGCUUUCCAUCCGAUUGCAUUCGAUUAAAUUUUGAUUCGUCGGACCAUAUCACACGUUUCCACUGUUCUGUGGUCCAAUUUUUAUGAUCUCGUGCAAAUUUGAGGCGAGCCUCAUAUACAUAUACAUAUGUAUUUUGUCUUGUUUUAGAGUCAUUGUAUAAAAAAAAAAAAUAUAUUUUUUCUAAAUAUUUAGAUAUUUUGAAAAACGAUAACAAAAAUAGGUUUAGGGUGGUCUUUUGUAGGGUUGUCAUUGUUUAAAAACCAAAAAAUUCGAUAGCCUUUUGCGAUAACUAGCAGUAGUUAAUUUUUUUAAUUAUUUUAUGGUUUCUGGUUUUAACUGAAAUUUGUUACAAAAACAACAUUAUAUCGCAUCAUAAAUAGAAAUUGACCCUAAAGGAGAACUUCACAAUUGCUCUCUGCCUCCCCCUUUUGUUGCUCUUUUCGUAUACAGACAAAUAAAAACAAACACACAUGCUCCGGUGGAGGAGGUCAGAUGAGUGCAUUCGGCGCUGCGACGACCCUAUUUGAAUUGUCGUAAAUUGUAACCGAACCCUCUCUUGCUCUCUCGCUUGCACAGCUGCACGCAUUUUCCUGCUCGUUUACACGAUCAGCUGAUCGAAGGGGGAGAGAUGGCAACUGUAAAAACAAGCCCACCACAGGUACACGAGAAAUCAAGCGAGAGGACAAGUCUGAGUGAAAGAGCAGCGAGUGGAGCACAACACAAGACAACACAACCCCCACAGCAGAACAAAGAGAGCGAGUAAACUUUUUGUCUCGAUUGGACAUGGCCGUGUGGCCAUUUUGAGUGGAAUAGAAUCAGGAAUUUCAGCUUAUUUAUAUAUUUUUGUGCUUUUAAUCAAUUAGCUAAGCGUAAAAAACAGACAGGCCAGGUGCCAGACACCUUUUGGCAAGUUCAGAAUUUUUCAAGAGAGAGAUGUCUGAGUCGGCGGUUUGUUGACCUCAUUCUCAGGGGUUGAGUGACCUGCUUUCGAGGAGGUUGAGUGCUUUGGCCAAAUGGCUGAUUUUUUGUUGAUUAGUGCCAAUUUAUAAGGCAGGUAUUCCUUGUUAUUUGUGUUUUAUUUAGAAGAUUUUAAAUUAUUAAUCGUGCGGCGCAGCCUGUGGGUCCCACAAUUAAUUUUCACUCACUCUCCGCUUGGCGUCUCUCUCUAUAACGCUCUUUCACUCGUUGGCAAAUGAGUGGCCAUCGCCGUUGCCUUUCCGCCUUUGCUUUUCUCGUUUCAUUCGCGAGUUGGAUUUGAGUGCGUGCACAGCUGAAAAAAAAAGAAAUCAGGAGAGCAAAAUGCAAACGCAUGUGUCUUCUAUAUACUGCUGCUCAAAACACUACUGACCAACAAAGCACGCAAAGGAAUAUUCGGCCAGGAAUAAAAAAGUGAAGUGUUUUAAGAAUGUGUAUCUAAGAGAGAGAGAUAGAGAGAGAGACAAUAAGAAUUAAAAGAAGAAUUAGUUAAUUAAGAGACAUAUUUCGAUGAUAAGAGGCCAGU